AACCGCCGACCUUUCGAUCGGCAAGCCCUAGGCGCUGAGGCUUUUACCCACAGCGCCACCCGCGUCCCCUCGUUCUGAUCUAGCAGCCCAAUUAUCCAACUUUAAUGCAUCUGAUCAAGGAAACUCUGCUAUCGCAGUAUGUACAUCCCUUAGGUCUCUAAAGUGCCACAAUAAAAAUCUUGGAUCUUCGAAGUGUCGGAAGACACUGGGACGGACAUCCCCCUGCCCUCCCGGAAUCCUUCCCUAACAUGGCUCCGCUCUGCAUAGAGCGACUGGUCAAACGCGAACCGAACGUUUAGUGAAACGCAGGUUUUCCUAUAUCUCUAUAGAGAAGGCGGGAGGGCGGGGCUUAUUGGCUGAGUGGCAAAGAGGGCGGGGCUUAUCCGCUCAGUUGCAAAGGGGGCGCGCCUAAGAAGCUCUCGGGGUUGCCAUGGCAGCGGAGGCUUGGGAAGAGCGGAAGAGCCUGGCUGCGGCGGCGGCGGCGGCUGUUUGGCAGGUGGGUCUUGCCCACCUCGUCCCUCCUUUGGGCGGGAAGGAACAUCUGCCCUAAGACCCGGUUGGUGGUUGGUGGAAUGACAUCAGCGUGGCAACAUGGUGACCUUGCUGGUUAACCAAAACUACAUGGAGAGUCUGCGGAAGGACAUAACGGAUCUGCAGGGAACCGUCCUCAGCGUCUUCACCCGAGCCGGGGCUGUUCGCUACCCGUCUUGGAAGUUUCCUGAUAAGUUGUCCUGUGACCUGGACUUGGUUGCUUUGCUUGAGCACUACGACUUUGCACAGAAUGACCCUGAAUUUACCCAUCAUUCCCACGUGGUUCUUCUGGAACUAGUGAUUGACAGGUUGCUGCUGCUCCUCCAAAGCUUCACCAGAUACACGGAGAACCUAACCAGUGAACAAGCCGUGCCCCCAUCCAGAACAACAGGACCAUGCAUGUCUAUCGGGCUGGCUGUGAAGAAGUACUGGAACAGCAUGCUGAAAUUGGGGUCCCUCUACCAGCAGCUGGCUUCUGAGAAAAAACGCAGCAGAGAGGAUGCUCUUGGCACAAAUGCUUCCUUCCAGGAGGCGAAAGCUGAGAACGAGUCUUUAAAAAUCUGCUUCUCGGAGUCAGAUGUGACUUUGCCCAGCUUCCGGUCCUCCCCUUUGACCUCAUCGGCCAGCAGCAGGCUGCUGGACGGUUGCCCCGCCACCUCCUCAGAGGCACCGCCAGCCCAGGGGGCCGCCAAGCCCAUCUGCAGCACCCACUGUCAGACCAUCGAGUCAUCCCUGGUGCCUUGCGACGCGUGCGAGAGGGCGCAGCUCAGCCUCCGGGAAGUGGGCAGCGCCAUCAUCGGCAUCUGCAACAGCCAGAACCUCCCGUCGUCUCUGAGCAGGUUCCUGGAGAUGGUGGAGGAGACCCUGGGCCGCAAGCCGCUCACGGCUGUGGACAUCAGCUACUGGGCGUCCGAGCAAAGCAAGGACCUAUCCCGGAUCAACAAACACCUCCGGAAGCUGAUGGAACUCAUCAACCCUCUGAAGGGGGAGCUGGAAGAGUCUGAGAAGGAGAAGGGCGAGCUCAAGAGGCAGCUGGAGACUUUUGAUAGCCGCCUUCAGAAGGAAAGAGAGGAGCGGGAGCAGAAGAGGAAGGAGGCGGAGCAGGCAUUUGAAAGAAGGAAUACGGAGAACCUGCAGAUGAUGGCCACCCUGCGGAUGGGCAAGGAGGACCUCCAGAAAAGGCUCCUGCAUUUCCGUCUCAACAACGGGCUGUUAGUGCAGACACACCGAGCUACAUGGAUCGAUGGGUCUGGCUCAGCAUAAGGCAGCUUCCUGUCUUCCUCUACGGUCCAUGCUG